AAAAAAAACAAGGAAUUGGUCCAUCUCCUCCCGUCAGCGGCGAUUCUCCUCCCGUCAGCGGCGAUUCUCCUCCCGUCCUUCUAACCUGCCGAUUGCUCCAUCUCAACAUCAACAACAAAACCUCCAUCAACAUCUUCAGUUAUGUCUCCAAUAGAAGAGAGUGCUACUAGUUCGUUUGCUUCAAAAGAACCCCAAGAUGAUAGUAAACCACUAUGGAGAUUUGUCACUGUGGUGCAGAAUAAUGAUUCUGCAGGUGGAAACAAGCUUUGGAGGUGCAACUUUUGUCAAAAAGAGGUGAGGAGUUCAUACUCUAGAGUGAGAUUUCACUUAUUGAAAAUUGCUGGUGAAGGAGUUCAGGUAUGUCCUAAGGUUACUGAUAUAUUGUUGACUGAUUUGAAUAGAAUAUGUGGAGAGGCUGAGAAUAGAUUAAAGCCAAAACAUGUUCCAUUGCCUUCCUCUAAACCAUCUCAAAUCCCACCAGUAGUGCCACAAAAGAGAAGAAAGAGUAGUAUAGAAAAUGCCUUUAAUGUUGAUGAUAGGAAUCAGCUUAGAGAAACUAUAGCAAGGAUGUUUUAUUCUGGUGGCUUAUCUUUCCAUCUUGCUAGAAAUCCUUACUAUGUUAGUUCUUAUUCUUUUGCUGCUAAUCACAACCUCAGUGGCUUCCUUCCUCCUAGUUAUAAUGCCCUAAGAACCACUCUUUUGAAGCAAGAGAGAGCUAAUAUUGAAAGGUUGCUUCAACCUAUAAAAUCUCUGUGGGCAUUGAAGGGAGUUACAUUGGUUUCUGAUGGCUGGACUGAUGUGCAAAGGAGACCUUUGAUAAAUUUCAUUGGCAUUUGUGAAGGAGGACCUAUAUUUUUAAAAGCUGUAGAUGGCUCCAAUGAAUAUAAAGACAAACAUUAUAUGGCCAGCAUAUUUAUAGAUGUUAUCAAGGAGGUAGGGCCACAAAAUGUUGUGCAAAUCAUAACUGAUAAUGCUCCUGUUUGCAAGGCUGCAGGAAUGUUAAUUGAAGCUGAAUUCAAUCAUAUAUUUUGGACACCUUGUGUGGUUCAUACAUUGAAUUUAGCUUUGAAAAAUAUUUGUGCAGCUAAGAACAUUGUUGGAAAUGAAAAUGUUUAUAAUGAAUGCAAUUGGAUCACUGAAGUGGUUGAUGAUGUAUCUUUUAUCAAGACUUUCAUUAUGACUCACUCUAUGGCAUUGGCUAUUUUUAAUGAAUUUUCUACUUUGAAAUUGCUUUCUAUUGGUGAGACGCGUUUUGCGUCAAUGAUAGUGAUGCUAAAAAGAAUCAAGCUGCUCAAAACCGCUUUGCAAAGGAUGGUUAUUAGUGAUCAGUGGAGUACUUACAAGGAAGAUAAUCAACCAAGAGCUGCACAUGUGAAGGACCUUCUUUUAAAUGAUGUAUGGUGGGACAAAAUAGAUUACAUCCUUUCUUUCACAAAUCCCAUAUAUGACAUGCUUCGAAUAUGUGACACUGAUGCUUCUACCCUUCAUAAAGUAUAUGAAAUGUGGGAUUCUAUGAUUGAAAAUGUAAGGGCAAUUAUUUAUAGGCAUGAGGGAAUAGAAACAACGGAAACGUCCAAUGUUUGCCCUUUUUAUGAUGUUGUUUAUACCAUACUCAAUUCUAGAUGGGGUAAGAGUUGCACUCCACUUCAUUGUUUGGCACAUUCAAUGAAUCCAAGGUAUUAUAGUGAUGUGUGGCUUAGGGAAGCUCCAAAUAGGAUUCCUCCUCAUCAAGAUUCAGAAGUUUCUAAUGAGAGGAACAAGUGUUUGAAAAGAUAUUUUCCAUCAUCUGUUGAGAGAAAUAAGGUGUAUGAAGAAUACGGCCGAUUUUCAUCUUGUAGUGGUCCUUUUGCUUCUUUUGACUCUAUUGAAGGUAGGUAUAUAUUAGAUGCAAAAACUUGGUGGGUGACGCAUGGAUCUUCCACACCUUGUCUCCAAAAAAUUGCUUUAAAGCUUCUUGUGCAGCCUUGUUCUUCAUCAUGUUCUGAGAGAAAUUGGAGUACUUACUCUUUUAUUCAUUCUUUGAAAAGAAAUAAAAUGGAUCCAAAAAGGGCUGAAGAUUUAGUUUAUGUGCAUACUAAUCUUCGACUCUUGUCAAGGAACGAAGAAGGGUAUAAGAAAGGAGAGACAAAGUUGUGGGACAUUAGUGGAGAUGCGCAUGACCCGCUUGAUGGUGUUGGAAUUGAAUUAGCUGAGUUAUCUUUAGAUGAACCGGAGUUGGAGGCUACAAUGUUCUUUGAUGAUGGAAACGGAGGAGAGGAGACUGAUACAAUCCGUGUUUCUUCUUAAGUAGUGAUUGUUGGACUAUGAUGUUCUUUAUGAAUAGCUAAACUAUGUCCUUUUUGGGUAGUGCUGAUGAUGAUUUUUUUGGAUAGUACUAAUGAUGUCCUUUUAUAACAGUACUUAACUUAAGAUAUGUAAAUGUCACUUGUUUGCUCAUUUUGAGUAAUUUGAAUGGUAAUUAAUCAUCAAUUUUAGAAAUA